CAUCCAAACCAAGUAGACUCGAAAACCAUCCAGCCAUGGCAAGCAACAAUGGUCUUAAGAGCGCGAUCAUUUGUGUCCUCGUACUGGGGCUAGUUCUGGAGCAGGUCCAAGUAGAGGGGAAGAGUUGCUGCAAAACCACGAUUGCAAGAAACUGUUACAACCUCUGCCGUGCCGCAGGGGGUGCCCGACAAGUCUGCGCAAGUACUUGUGGAUGUAAAAUCAUAAGUGGCAAUAAAUGUCCGUCUAGCUUUCCUAAAAUGGACCUUCUCCCUGAAUCCGGUGAACCUGAUGCCAUUAAGUACUGCAACAUCGGAUGUAGCUCUACCGUGUGUGACAACAUGAACCAUGUUUUUCGCGGCGAAGAGAUGAAAAUCAACGUGGAACUCUGCCUCAAUGCAUGUGUGAGUUUUUGUAACGGGAAUGAGGCUGAUGUUGCAUCGGUUGCAGCCUAAUCAUGCAUGUGCUAGCAUCAUGUCCAAGGCCAAGGUCAUGUUGCCAUUUCAUGUUCAAUAAACUUGGAUCCUAUCAAUGGUAUCCAAGCAAGUGGGUGUCCUGUUAUUUCUGAACACGUGUUUCUAUUUCCUCAUUCCAACAAGAAUCUCAACCAGAAUAUAUUUGUACUCUUGGCCAAUUAAUAUGAAUACUACAACCAUGUAUUUUCUGUUA